UUGUAUUUGUCAACAUGUUGCCCGCGAAACAUGCUUUACUGAACUGAAACAGGGCACGCCGCCGCCAAUAACACAUUUCUGCUUCUUCACUUUCAAAAGCAAACACACCAGCGUUAGCAUUGUUGCUGCUGUUCCUCUGAACUGAAGCUGGGAACAUUAAUCACCAACAUAACCAUCCAUGGCAUUCAUCAAAUCAAGGGUAAACUUUCACUUACACCAUUCUCUUUCCCCUUUCUUACCACACACUUUCAGACUAUGUUCUUCUUCACCUCUUGUUUCAGAACACGACACCAAUGACAACAACACCACUCCUCAAAACACAAAUCUAUCUCCCGAAGACACUCACAUAGUCGAUAAAUUUCACACCAUCAUCAAAGACCACUACCGCAAAAACCCUAACCCUAACGCCGUUUCACCUUCACUAAAUCUCUCCAUACCUGAUCUUUCAAUCGAAUUUUCCAAAAUCUCAACUGUUUAUUCAGUUUCCCCCUCAAUCACCCGCCGUGCGAUCGAGAAAUGCAGUGGUGUUCGCCACGGUAUCCCAUUCCUUCAAUCCCUAGCUUUCUUCAACUGGGCCACCACGCUAGAAGGCUUCCCAUCAUCCCCUGAGCCUUACAAUGAGAUGAUUGACCUCGCUGGAAAGCUCAGGCAUUUCGAUUUAGCAUGGCAUUUGAUCGAUCUGAUGAAAUCGCGCGGUGUUAGAAUAACGGUCAGCACGUUCUCUGUUCUCGUAAGGCGAUAUGUUAGGGCUGGAUUGGCUGCGGAGGCCGUCCAUGCUUUUAACCGUAUGGAAGACUAUGGUUGUAAGCCUGAUAAGGUUUCAUUUUCGAUUGUGAUUAGUAGUUUAUGUAAGAAGAGAAGGGCUAGUGAAGCAGAAUUGUUUUUUGAUAGUCUUAAGCAUAAAUUUGAACCUGAUGUUAUAGUUUAUACUAGUUUAGUUCAUGGUUGGUGUCGUGCUGGUGAUAUAGCGAAAGCAGAGGAGGUUUUCAGUGAUAUGAAGGAGGCUGGUGUAAAGCCUAAUGUUUAUACUUAUAGCAUUGUGAUUGAUUCGCUCUGUCGGUGUGGGCAAAUUACUCGUGCUCAUGAUGUUUUCUCUGAGAUGAUUGAUGCUGGUUGCGAUCCUAAUGCUGUUACUUUUAACAGUCUUAUGAGGGUUCAUGUGAAAGCUGGUAGGACUGAAAAGGUCUUGCAGGUUUAUAAUCAAAUGAAGAGGCUUGGUUGUGCUGCUGAUACGAUUAGCUAUAAUUUCUUAAUUGAGAGUCAUUGCAAGGAUGAGAAUCUGGAUGAAGCUGUGAAGGUACUUGAUACAAUGGUUAAGAAAGGGGUUGCUCCUAAUGCAUCUACUUUCAAUUCAAUUUUUGGAUGCAUAGCUGAGUUGCAUGAUGUGAAUGGUGCACAUCGGAUGUAUGCUAAAAUGAAGGAACUGAAGUGCAUGCCUAAUACGCUGACUUAUAAUAUACUGAUGAGAAUGUUUGCUGACUCAAAAUCUAUUGACAUGGUUCUGAAGUUGAAAAAGGAAAUGGAUGAGAGUGAAGUUGAACCUAAUGUCAAUACUUACCGGAUUUUGAUUUUGAUGUUUUGUGAAAAGGGGCACUGGAAUAAUGCAUACAACUUAAUGAAGGAGAUGGUUGAAGAAAAAUGUCUAAAGCCAAAUCUAUCGAUUUAUGAAACGGUUUUGGAGCUGCUGAGGAAUGCUGGACAGCUUAAAAAGCAUGAAGAGUUGGUCGAGAAGAUGGUUGCUAGAGGAUUUGUCUCUCCUCGUCCUUUGUAGAAGUUGCUUCAUCCUUGAGCUGAAUAAAAGAACUUCCAAGAGCCCUAUAUGAUUUGGCUGAAGGAAACAAUACAUGCGGUGCACAUUAGCGUUAUGUCCCUGCUGGCAUGUUGAUCAUGGAGAUGCUAACAAGUUGCAUAUUAAAGAGAGACUGAUGCUCUUAUAUGUGGAAGGAGGUAACUCUAUCAGUGAGAUUGAACCAGUCUGUUUCAGGUUUGCCGGUCUGAUUUUACUCGGUUGAAAAACUCAUUUUUGAUUAUGUGGUAGCAAGCCUCAUUAACUACAAAACCCCCUUUAAGCGAAACAAGCUGCAAUGUGCAAUGUGUUAGCUGCUUGUAAGACUCUAGUUGGCUUAGUAUCUGGUUCUUAUUUAAAAUUUGUCCUUGGUUUGCUGAGAAAAUGUUUGAUGGUUGUAAUAAUAUAUAUUGAAUUGGAUUAGAUGAAGGUUAGGUUAGGUUUGUUAUGAUUUUGUUUUCUUCCUUUUUUUUUCUUCCCUUCAAUUUGAAUAUUGUUACUAUGAUAAUUUAGAUUGUUUUUCACAAUUGAUA